GAAGCACAACUGGAGGAUGAGACCAAGAAAAGAGACGCUCUUCAUAAAUUGGCCCAGGUUGAUCCACGCAAAAAGCAAAAGGAAUCCAAGGAUGUCGAGGUUGAGCUAGUAACAACGGAUCGUAUUAUUGCAAAAAUUAAAGAGGGAUUGGAGAUUCUAAAUUCAGGAGAUCGCGACAAAAUGGACGCCUUAUUGCAAAAAAUGCGCAAGAUAAACAAAAUAGCAGAUUCAAUGGGUCACUUUUUCACAAAUAGGCAAUAUUAUAAACCUACGGAUUGCUCCAUCUGUCAUGAAGCACUUUGGGAUACUAAAAAUCAUGGAAUGGAGUGUACUGCUUGCAAAAUGAUUUGCCACAAAACAUGCCGGCCUCAAGUUGACACUUCUUGUCAGGACAUUAUCAAGCUUCAAACAGUAGCGCCAAGAUACUUUUUGGCAAAAGAUUUGCAGGAUCGUGCUCGUUGGUUGGUCGGUUUGGCAUAUUUACGAAAAGAAUUUGAGAAAAAUCAACGUAAUUCAGAUGGAAUCUCUGGUACUCCCGAUAAACGCAUGUCAAGUUAUGUUGAGCAGCCUAGCUCCAAAAGAAUGUCAGGGAUAUUUUCGCUGCAAGGCAAUGUCAUCCCAAGAAAACCCACUAUAAACGAAAAAAACUAAUCUAUUUAGUUGAAAUUUCAAUCACCAGCAACCAAAUUGGCACUGUUUUUCUUUAUUUUGGAGUGAAAUACCUUUGCAAUGAAUCUCUUAUUUCAGUC